AUGCAGGCCCUGGCAGUGCAAGAUCUGGGCAGCGCAGGCCUGGCAGCAGCAGGCCUGGCAGCAGCAGGCCUUGGCAGCAGCAGGCCUGGCAGCGCAGGCCUGGCAGCGUAUGUCUGGCAGCGCAGGCCUGGCAGCAGCAGGCCUGGCAAGAGCGCAGGGCCUGGCAGCAGCAGGCCUGGCAGCAGCAGGGCCUCGAGCAGCAGCAGGCCCCGCAGUGCAGGCCUGGCAGCAGCAGGUCUGGCAGCAGCAGGCCUGGCAGCAGCAGGCCUAGGCAACAGUGCAGGCCUGGCAGCAGCAUGGCCUGGCAGCGCAGGCCUGGCAGCGCAGGCCUGGCAGCGACAGGCCUUGCAGCGCAGGCCUGGUAGGCAGGCCUGGGCGGCAGGCCUGGCAGCGCAGGCCUGGGCAGCGCAGGCCUGCCAGUGCAGGCCUGGCAGCGCAGGCCUGGCCCGCAGGUCUGAGCAGCCCGAGGCCGCGCAGCAUAAGCAGGCCUCAGCAGCAGGCCUGGCAGCAGCAGGCCUGGCAGCAGCAGGCCGGCAGCGCAGGCCUGGCAGCAGCAGGCCUGGCAGCAGCAGGCCCGGCAGCAGGCCUAGCAGCAGUGCAGGCCUAGCAGCAGCAGGCUGGCAGCAGCAGGCCCGGGCAGCAGCAGGCCUGCAGCAGGACCCGGGGCAGCAGCAGGCCUGGCAGCGCAGGCCUGGCAGCAGCAGGCUGGGCAGCGCAGGCUGGCGGCGCAGUGCAGGCCGGCAGCAGCAGGCCGGCGAGCAGCAGGCCAAGGCCAGCAGGCUCAGGUGGCAGCAGGGGCAGCGGCCCAGCCAGCAGCCGGCAGCAGGGCGGCGCGCAGGUGGACAGCAGGCUGCAGCAGGUGGCAGUGCAGCAGUGGCCUUGCAGCAGGGCUGGCAGUGCAGGCCUGGCAGAUGCAGGCCCGGCAGCGCAAGGCCUCAGUGCAGGUGGCAGCAGCAGUGCCUGCAGCAGUCAGGCCCAGCAACAGCAGGCCAUGAGCAGUUAGAGCUGGCAGCAGCAGGCCGUGGCAGGCCUGGCAGCGCAGGCCUGGCAGCAGCAGGCCUGGCAGCGCAGGCCCGGCAGCAGCAGGUCUGGCAGCGCAGAGCCUGGCAGAGCAGGCUGGCAGCGCAGGCCUGCAGCAGCAGGUCAGGUCCCGCAGCAGUGCAGGCCUGGCAGCAGCAGGCCUGGCAGCGCAGGCCUGGCAGCGCAGGCCUGGCAGCAGUGCUGUCAGGCCUGGCAGCAGCAGCCGGCCAGUGGCAGCAGCAGGCCCAGAGCAGCCUGGCAGCAGCGGCCUGGCAGUGCAGGCCUGGCAGUGCAGGGCCUGGCAGCAGCAGGACCCGCAGCGCAGGUCUGGUAGCGCAGGCUGGCAGCGCAGGGCCUGGCAGCAGCAGGAAUGGCAGCAGGCCCGGAGCGCAGGCUGGCAGCGUAAGGCCUGGCAGCGCAGGCCUGGCAGCAGCAGGCCUGGCAGCAGCAGGCCUGGCAGCAGUAUUCCAGUGCGGUGCAGGCCUGGCAGCAGCAAGGCCCGGCAGCAGUCAGGGCCCGAGCGGCAGCAGGCCUGGCAGCAGCAGGCCUGGCAGCAGCAGCCGGCAGUGCGUAGACCGGCAGCAGCAGGCCUGGCAGCGCAGGCCUGGCAGCAGCAGGCCCGCAGCGGCCAUGGGCAGUCCGGCGGCCCGGCAGUGCAGGCCUGGCGGGGCAGCAGGCCUGGCAGCAGCGGCUCCAGUGCAGGCUUGCCGAGAGGUCUGGGCAGAUGUGUCUCAGGCACUACAGGCAGGCAUCUGGUAA